UCUGUUUAUUAUUCCGUCGCUGAGCUGACAAACCCGCGGAUACUUUUCUGAAACUACCGUACCUCGCGACAUUAACAAUGAACUCGACAGUUUUUUUGUUGACUUCAACCAUUUUUGCUUUUCAAAACGUCCUUCCAGUUAAACGUACGACUGAAAUUAUUUACACAAGGUCCGGUCCGGUGCGAGGAUUAAUCACGGAGAACAGCAAACAAUAUUUGGGGAUAACAUAUGGCACGGCAAAAAGAUUCGAGGCCCCGACGCCCCCAUCCCCAUGGAGCCGGCCCGUGGAAGCUACACGAGUGGGCCCCAUGUGCUACCAAGACUGCCCCUCCUCCCCUCCUCAUCUCUGUGUCCCCCAGAUGUCUGAAGACUGCCUGAUCCUGAACGUGUUCGUCCCCAGGGGUAAUCCCGAGGGGUCGGGGUAUGCUGUCAUGGUGUUCAUACACGGUGGGGAUUUCCUGUCUUACUCCGGGAGCUCACCGUUAUUCAACGGCGAUGUGUUUGUGAAGAAGGGAAAUGUUAUACUGGUGACGAUCAACUACAGAUUAGGAGCGUUUGGGUUUCUACCUCGGGUUGUGAAUGGCGAUGUCGUUGGGGGGAACUACGGCCUGCUUGAUCAACAGCUGGCGCUGAAGUGGGUCCAUGAUAACAUCCGGGCCUUCGGUGGCGACAACAACAAGAUUACCAUAUUUGGACAAAGCGCUGGUGCCCAAUCAGUGUGUGUUCAUCUAGUUACUCCGUCAGUCUCGCACUACUUUCAGCGCGCAAUAAUUCAAAGUUCGCCCAUGGCCUUGCCCUUCAGAAACAUGACAGAAGCUGAGAGACAAAUAGACCUGUUUGCCAGACAGCUCGGCUGCAGGGCCAGAGAUAUACAAUGUUUCCGAUCGAAAUCAGCUUCUGAGGUCUUACAGGCUCAAAAUUCUAUACCAAAGGAUCAAAUAUCUGACAAUUCCGCUAUGCAGUUUGAGGCCUGGGGGCCUGUUAUUGAUGGGAGAAAUAUUUCAGGGAAUUUACUGUCAAUCCUAGCAACUACCUCAAUCGACAAAGACAUCAUUAUAGGAACGACAUCAGAUGAGGGUCUCGCAUAUGUUUAUGGAGCCGUACCACACCGGGUUCCAAUGUUUUUGUUUUCGUUUGUUCUGAACAUGUUCAUUCCAAACAGCUCGGCCAUUUCCAGCCUGUAUACUGUGCGGGGCGAUGCGCGCCCAGCUUUAUCGAAAGUCAUCACAGAUUUCAUGUUUUCCUGCCCAAGUACAUUGUUCGCGGACAUUUUGUCCUCGUCCAAAAACGUUUGGGUUUAUCGGUUUGAGCAGCCAUUGUCUAUAGAUGCAUGGGGAAGUGCUACCCACUGUGUCAACAAAACCUGUCACGGGGUUGACCUGCCUUUCCUAUACGAUACGCCACGUCUGGUUGGAUAUGACGUCACUUCCGGAGAUGAGAAACUGUCUUCUACCAUGAUUGGCUACUGGACAAACUUUGCUAAAUACGGAAACCCGAAUAUUUUGGGAAUUUUGCCUGAAUGGCCAAAAUACCAAGGGAACAUCUCGACAGAACAGAAGGUUAUGGUUUUCAAGGAGCCACAGGUAAUUGUAAAAGAGGCUAAAAAUAAGAAAUGCGCAGCGAUGAAUAAGCAAGGCUACCAAAUCGCUGGUUGAUGUUGUAAAAUAAAAUGGUUCUCCGUAUAUGUUGUAUCUUUAGAAUGGGUUUUGCUGUCAUUCGAAUUUUAAAAAAUGUGUUUGUACUGAAUUUAAUAUUUCUAUGACUUAAGUUGCGUAUUAAUUAGAAUAUUGUAAUAUUGUGUUAUGCUAUGCGAAAAGUUACUUAUAUUAUCUCACCAUCACAUACUAGUGAGGUAGCCUAGUGGUUAAAGCGUUCGCUCGGCACACCAAAGGCCCGGGUUCGAUUCCCAACAUGGGCAAUAUCUGUGAGGCCCAUUAUCUGGUAACCCCCCGCCAUGAUAUUGUGGAAUACAUGUAAUGCUAAAAGCUGCGUAAACCCACACUCACUCACAAUACUAGUAUUUAGGUUGGGUAUAUGUGUGGCCUGGUCAACAGUGUCUCAUGGUGCAUCGUUUGUAAUCCUUUCAUAUCUUAAGUAACUGCACUUCGUGAUCACGUCGUGACAUAUCUAACUGUGUCUCCCUUUACAUAUUUGCGCACAUAUUGUAAAUUAUACAACCACAAAUGUACGGUAACAUUCUCCUCAGUAAAAUGGAGUUUUGGUA